AUGACUUCAUGCGCUGGCCUUAGCAAGGUGGCGGUUUUGAUUGAGGAGUGUUUCGACGCGGUAGCCGGCGGAACUCUGAAGAUAUAUAAACGAGUCUCCGGCUGGACUCUAAGAGGAGGAGAGCAGACGAAACGGCGAAAAUGGCUUCAUGCGCUGGUCUUAGCAAGUACAGAAAAACUUCCUGGAAUUCGUCGGAAAGUUCAAUGCCCCUUUUGCGGCCCUACACAAGCUCAGGAACGUUUUCGUGGCGCACCUUAUCGACAAAGGAAGAACCAGAUCGCUAGGAUACCAUAUCAGCUUUGUCCCAUUUCUUUUCACCCUCUCCUCCAGGAUGAUCAAGACAUAUUAAAAGCUCUUCUCCGUUCGGCCAAAAAAAAUCCAGUGAAAUACAGGGGAAAGGCUACGCAAUACGACGUAGAUAUGGUGAUUGACUGGGCUUUGAACAGGAAAACACUUUCAGCAAUAGCGGGUGCUUCCGCUGUUCUUCUGCUAUUCGUGGCUUUUCUUAGAAUCAGCGAGCUAUGCGCUCUUCGCGUUGGAGACGUCUCAUACAAAGAAGAUAAUAUUUGGUGGCUGACUUACGAAAAUCGAAGACAGAUAGAGGGAGUAGGGGCAGUGAUCGCUUUCCGGCUUAGCGGGCAAGCGUUGAUCUUGUGGAGAGUGUUCGAAAACUUUUUUCUCCAAAUCCGGGUAGUUUCAUUUUUAGCAGCAGGAUUCGGACACCACCUUCAAGAGAUGCGCUCACGAGAAGGAUCAAGAGGACUCUGGACGACGCGGGCCUCACCCACAGACGCCUCACCCCACAUUCCUUCCGAGGAGGCGCAGCGACCACGGCCAUUCGCUCUAGAGCCGACCCUGCCAACGUCAUGCGCGCAGGCAGAUGGAAAUCGUCUAAUUCUUUUCUUUGCUAUAUUGAUCCCAGCCCGUUGUAAUUACGAGAUAUGUUUCUUUUUUGCAGUCAUGUGCCUUUUUUUGGUUGAUGUCUCGUUUCUCUGGUGA